CCCAACUUCUUCAAGAUGGUGGAGGGCUUUGACUGCAGCGCCAUCAUUGUGGAGGACAAGCUGGUGGAGGGCCUCAAGACCCACGAGGGCGAGGAGCAGAAGCGGAACCGAGUGCGUGGCAUCCUGCGGAUCAUCAAGCCCUGCAACCAUGUGCUGAGGCUGUCCUUCCCCAUCCCGGGUGAUGACGGAUUCUGGGAGGCUAUGGAGGGCUACAGGGCCCAGCACAGCCAGCGCCAGACGCCCUGCAAGGGAGGUAUCCGUUACAGCACUGAUGUGAGUGUAGAUGAAGUGAAAGCUCUGGCGUCUCUGAUGACAUAUAAGUGUGCAGUGGUCGAUGUGCCAUUUGGGGGUGCCAAAGCUGGUGUUAAGAUCAACCCCAGGAACUAUACCGACAAUGAAUUGGGAAAGAUCUCAAGGAGGUUUACCAUGAAGCUGGCCAAGAAAGGUUUUAUUGGUCCUGGCAUUGAUGUGCCUGCCCCAGACGUGAGCACGGGCAAGCGAGAGAUGUCCUGGAUUGCUGACACCUAUGCCAGCACCAUAGGGCACUAUGGUAUUAAUGCCCAUGCCUGCAUUACUGGUAAGCCCGUCAGUCAGGGUGGAAUCCAUGGAUGCAUCUCAGCUACUGGUCAGGGAAUUUUCCAUGGGACUGAAAACUUCAUCAGUGGAGCUUCUUACAUUUUAGGGAUGACACCAGGGUUUGGAGAUAAAACAUUUAUUGUUCAGGGAUUUCGUAAUGUGGGGCUGUACUCAGUGAGGUAUUUAUAUCAUUUUGGUGCUGAAUGUGUUGUGGUUGGUGAAGCUGAUGGAAGCAUAUGGAAUCUAGAUGGUAUUGAUCCAAAGGAACUGGAAGACUUCAGAUUGCAACAUGGAACACUCCUGGGCUUCCCCAAAGCAAAGAUCCAUGAAGGGAACAUCUUGGAGGCCGACUGUGACAUAUCGAUUCCUGCUGCCAGUGAGAAGAAGCUGACCAAGUCCAAUGCACCUGGAGUCAAAGCCAAGAUCAUUGCUGAAGGAGCAGAAGGACCAACAACUCCAGAAGCUGAUAAGAUUUUCCUGGAGAGGAACUUUAUGGCUAUUCUCUACUUGAAUGCUGGAGGAGUGACAAUAUCUUACUUUGAGUGGCUGAAGAAUCUAAAUCAUGUCAGCUAUGGCCAUUUGACCUUCAAAUAUGAAAGGGAUUCUAAUUACCACUUGCUCCUGUCUGUUCAGGAGAGUUUGGAAAGAAAAUUUGGAAAGCACAGUGGAACUAUUCCCAUUGUGUUCUCAGCAGAGUUCCAAGAUAGGAUAUCUGGUGCCUCUGAAAAAGACACUGUGCACUCUGACUUAGCUUACACUAUGAAACUUUCUGCCAGGCAAAUCGUGCACAUGGCCAUGAAGUAUAACCUGGGAUUGGACCAGAGAACAGCUGCCUAUGUCAAUACCAUUGAGAAAGUCUUCAAGGUGUACAGUGAAGCUGGUGUGACCUUCACAUAG